AUGAAACCCUAUUCCGGACAAAUUUUAAACCCAUCACAAGAAAGCUUUAAUAAGCGAUUGUCUCGCGCUCGAAAAUGUGUAGAGUGUGCAUUUGGAAUAUUAUUUGCGAAAUGGAGAAUUUUGAGUGUAAUUGAAACAUACAAAGAUACUGCUGAUAGUAUUAUUAAAGCAAUCUGUGGUUUUAUAUCCGCAAUCAGCACAUUCAUGUACAUUACUUGUGACUGAUGCUGAGAACUCGGGGUGGUUCUUAAUUAUAUGAUCGUCUAAACGUUGCAUAUAUUUAAAUUCCGCUUUACAGUGAAUACACACGUACAGCUUAGUGCUGGUUUCUUUACAUAUUACAGCAUGCUGCUUUCUCGAAGAUUUCCUCUUCAAA